AUGGCGGCGGCGGGCGCGGAGGAGCGGCCGGGGGCGCGGCGGGACAGUGGCAGUGGUGAGGACUCCCUGGACACGCUGCUGAGCCGCCUGCCGCUGACGCCCGCGCUGUCCCCGCGGAAGAGGACCAGGAGCCAGUCGAAGACGGAGCCCCCGCUGCUGCGGACCAGCAAACGGACCAUUUACACGGCGGGGCGGCCGCCCUGGUACACCGAGACGGGCACGCCCUUCAAGGAAGCCUUCGUCAUCGGCCUGUGUGGAGGGAGCGCGUCAGGCAAGACCACGGUGGCCAAUAAGAUCAUUGAGGCCCUGGAUGUGCCCUGGGUGGUGCUGCUGUCCAUGGACUGCUUCUAUAAGGUGCUGAAUAAGGAGCAGCAGGAGCUGGCUGCCCACAACGAGUACAACUUCGACCACCCCGAUGCCUUCGACUUCGACCUGCUGAUCAGCGUGCUGCGCAAGCUGAAGAAGGGCAAGAGCGUCAAGGUGCCGGUGUACGACUUCACCACGCACAGCCGCCGCAAGGACUGGAAAACCAUCUAUGGGGCCAAUGUGGUAGUGUUCGAGGGGAUUUUAUCUUUUUCCAACAAGGAGCUGCUGAAGCUCUUGGACAUGAAGGUGUUUGUGGACACGGACUCUGACAUCCGGCUGGUGCGGCGGCUGCAGCGUGACAUCAUGGAGCGCGGGCGUGACAUCGUGGGCGUCAUCAAGCAGUACAACAAGUUCGUCAAGCCGGCCUUCGAGCAGUACAUCGAGCCCACCGUGCAGGUGGCCGACAUCGUGGUGCCCAGAGGUGGGGAGAACUUUGUGGCCCUGGAUCUCAUUGUGCAGCAUGUGCACAGCCAGCUGGAGAAGCGUGAAAUCACAGUCAGAGCGGCCCUGGCCUCUGCCCACCAAGGGCAGCCGCUGCCCAAGUCUCUGAGUGUCCUCGAGAGCACGCCGCAGGUGCGAGGCAUGCACACCAUCAUCAGGAACAAGGACACAACCAGAGACGAAUUCAUCUUCUAUUCCAAGCGCCUGAUGAGGCUGCUGAUUGAACAUGCCCUCUCCUUCCUGCCACUCAACCCAGUGACAGUGGAGACGCCUCAGGGGACUGUGUAUGAAGGGAAGCGGUUCCACAGGCAGCGGAUCACAGGUGUGUCCAUCCUGCGGGCGGGGGAGACCAUGGAGCAGGCGCUCACUGCUGUCUGCAAAGACAUUCGACUGGGCAAGAUUUUGAUCCAGACCAACCACGACACAGGGGAGCCUGAGCUUCACUAUCUGCGGCUCCCCAAGGAGAUCAGCGAAGAUUAUGUCAUCCUGAUGGACAGCACCGUGUCCACGGGGGCUGCAGCCAUGAUGGCUGUGCGCGUCCUGCUGGAUCACGAUGUCCACGAAGAGAAGAUCUUCCUGCUGUCCCUGCUGAUGGCGGAGAUGGGGGUUCACUCCGUGGCCUACGCCUUCCCCCGUGUCCGCAUCAUCACCACAGCCGUGGACAAGAGGGUUAACGAGGAAUUCCACAUCAUCCCUGGCAUCGGUAACUUUGGAGACAGGUACUUUGGUACUGAUGCCCCCUCCGCCUGGUGUGAGAGUGAGAGCACGGACUACUGAGCUGGCCUCCCUGCCUGCCAGCCUUGCCCCCGCUGCCUCCUCCCUCCCUCCAGCCUCGCCCUUCUGCUCCCCAAGGAUGGCCCCUCCCUGCUGGCCUCACAGGGCCCUGAUGCUACUUCCCUCUGGACCACACGCUGUCGGGCGGGCAGCUAUUUGGAAACUGCCCACCAGCGCCUCCAGUGUGCAUGCAGGGAAGAGACUGCCUGUGGCCUGCAGUGUCCGCACGCUGGGUACACACUCCUCGUGCCCCCCUCUGGUUGGUGGGCGGAGGGGGGGUCAGAUUCUCCCUGUGGCCCCACAUGGAUGUGGGUGUGUGUGGAGUGGUGGAGGUGGUAAAAAACUCUCCCUGUGGCCUGGAAGGGGCGAGGUGAGGCCCAUGCACUGGCUGGGGCAGGCGCUCUAUGUUUAUUUGCUCGGAACAGUUACUCCCCCCACGUUCCGGCUCAUGGGCCAGCUACUUGAAAAAUUGUCAGGGACCAAGGAUCAAAUGGAAGGGAACAGCCCCGUCUCUGUCAACCCGCAGCUCUACUCUUUCCCCCCUCCCACCCCAGUGCCCAGAUAGUCCUGAACAUGGGGCAGGGCCCCGGGGCUGUUUAGCCUGGAGCAGUCUGGUGCUGGCAGGGAACUAGGGCUGGUGCAGAAUAGGAGGUGCCCUCACCUUCCACAGCGGGCAUUCCAGCCCACGGGCCAGGUUCAUGAGUCUGGCAGCUCCCUCUUCUCUGGGGCGCUGGCCAUGGGGGGGUGGUCAGGGCCAGCUCUGCUGGAGACGCUCAGCCUGUCCGGGAGGCAGGUGGGGGAUUGCAGUUCAUCCCUCCAUGGGUGUGGGCUUGGGAGGAGACCCUGAGCUCCUUCCUUGACUCCUGUCUCGUGCUCAGGGCAGGACAGCUACUUGCCGCAGAAGCUGCUCCAAGGGGGAGCACGGCAAGGCAGUCUCAACAUAUUUCAGCAGCCCCCCGUCCGAGCCCCUCCCCGCAAUGCUGCCUCCUUGCCCGGGGCAUGGGGAGACGGCUGCCGCGCCAGAGCUGGCUCAUCCAUUACUUCAAUGCACAGGAAAUCAGGACCACAGAGUGGGACAAGACGAUUUCCGUCUCCUCGGAGAGCUGGUUUCAGUGGGGUCUCCCAUUGCCACGCACAGUGCUAGAAGCCAGGGGCUGCCUCAUGUCUUGCUGGGGCUCUGGGCCCGGGCCCCAGGAAUGGCAUCAGCAGCACACCGGUGGGGCAUGCGUUUCUUGGCCCUUUACUGAGACUGGCAAGGGCAUCCAAGGCUUCUGCAGGAUCUCCUCGGCCCGCUUGACAGGCCUGGGAAGUGGCAGAUGCCCCUAGCGCUUGGUUCCUGCAAGCAGCUCUUCGCCAGCCCUGGGACCGGGUGCCCUCCUGCUCUGCCCUUGCAAUACUGUACAUGGCGGGCUUUGUUUUGUACGCGCUAAUAAAGGGUC